AUGAAAGUCUUAUGCUUCUUGUUCUUUUUUGCAUUUGCAAGGUCCCUCCUCAUUAAGCUGGCUGAAGAUAUUAUACCUUCCAAAUUAUCAUUGCUGGCUCUCAGAGAGGGCAAGAUAAAACUUGAAGGAGAACUACAAUCAUUAAUUUCAAAAGUCAACGAAAGGAUUGCAGAGGCUAGCAUUAGAGAUGAAGAUGAAGAACUCCUUGUACUUCCGCGUCAGUUAUUAAACUCUAAGGUAUUGAACAAGCUCGGACUUAAUAGUUUGGUUGAAGGUGGUUCUCUCUUCAACCUCUCAAUCCACAAAAAUCUUAACCAUGACAACAUUUUGGUUCCUCCAGGGACCAAGAGCUUGUUCAUUUUCAAUUCGUCAGACUCUUUGAAGAUCCCCAAAAGAGUGCACCACAACUUUUCUCGUUUCAUAGAUUCUUCUCCACCAUUUAACCUCCCUGAAGUUAUGAACUUUGUCGACUACUACAUGGUACUUCCUAGAUCUUAUUUGAAGAAUAUCAGUUGGGAGGAUACAGACUCAGUUUAUUACCGUAGUUUACUCAAGGUGAGAACAACUAAGCUUCCAAUUUUCAGAAAGUGCAUCAGUGAAAACAAGCCAUUAUUGGUGUUCAUGUUCAACAGAGUAUCUGACAAAGCUCAAGCAAUGAAGGAAGAGGGAUUGAGCACUGUUAUGACUGUGAAGAAUUUCUUAAAGUCCAAAAUUAGUAGCGAUUCAGUUUCAUCCUUCUUUGAUAAGUUUGCAAGUACAUGGGUUAAUAAUGUUGCUUAUGAUUCAUUAUUACAUUCUGUGUUUUGCAGCACUAACACUGAACUAAUGGAAGACAGUUACUGUUUGAAAAUAGGCGAAACAAUGAAAACCGUAUUUCUCUACCCAGCAUUCUUUGAUAUAAAUAGGCUCCUGAGAAGAAAUGACAACGAACAGAUGGAGGUAACUGCUGAUGCUCAAGCAAUCAGACAAGCCCAUGACAAGUUGUCCGUGGCAGCAGACAGAUUGGAUGAAAUCACUUACGAAUUGGCUACUGACCCCAAGAAGUUGAUAAAGGAAUACGACGAAAAGGUUGAUACCAAAGUCGCUGACCUCGUUGACCGCACCAAGCUUGCUAUUGAAAGGUUAGAAGAAAAGAAGGAGGUGCUCAAAGAAGAAGUGAAGAACAAGUUGAACAAGGCUAGAAAACUCAGGAAGGCGUCUACUUCUCAGCAAUAUGAUCUUGAUAACGAACAAGAUGAGGACAACGAAUCGUACGACUAUAUUGAUUCUGAAGAUAACAUGUAUAGCACGAAGAAAAAGAGAUCAGAGAUCUUUGAUGAAGAUACAUGGGAUAAGGAAGAUGUCGAAAGAGGAUUGGAGUUGCCGUUGUCUCUUAUUAACCUAAAGAAGCCCGGUAGGUAUGCUAGAACUAACGAAUACAGUCAAAUUAUCUUUGACUAUGGAACUGAAACCAUUCCUAGUUUAGUCAAGCGUGCCGAGGAAGAAAACUCAGAGGAGUGUACACCCAUUACGUGGUACAAUAUCUUCCACCACAGUAUCUUUGGCAAGACCAAGUUCUGUGAAGACCAGAGUUCGAUUCGAAACUGA